ACACGUGAUGAGAUCAAAGGCCUUACAGCAGGGUCUUUCUGAGGGAGAGAGCCUCAGCCUGGUACAACAACAGGGUGCAUAGACUGCCCAAAACCUUUCCAAAGAUCGUGUAGAGGUGAGUUCUUAUUAUAUGCUGAUUGUGAAAAUGUGCUCAUGUUUGAUCCUCAUGUUCACUUCUUGUACCUGUUUCCACUCUCCAGCUGGUGCAUAGAACAUGCCCCCCGCAGCAGCAAGCAAUCUAGGCUACACCCCACCAGAUGGAGGCUGGGGCUGGGCUGUCGUCUUCGGAGCUUUCAUCUCCAUAGGAUUCUCCUACGCUUUUCCCAAGUCACUCACCAUCUACUUUAAGGAGAUUCAGGAGUAUUUUGAUGUUUCCUACAGCGAGAUUGCCUGGGUCUCCUCUGUCAUGCUUGCAUCUAUGUAUGCAGGAGGUAAGUGUUUUAAAGUUUUGAACCGUUCUCUCUUUACUGGAGAGAACAUUUUCUGCUCUUUUUGAAACAAAUAUAUAUAUAUACAGGUUAGUUAAGAUACCAAAUUAAGAUGUUUCUCCUCUUUGUACAGGACCUGUGAGCAGUAUUCUUGUGAACCGCUAUGGCAGCAGACCUGUGGUUAUGGUUGGUGGAGUCAUGGUCUGCACUGCCAUGGUGCUCGCUUCUUUUGGCACAACCAUCAUCCAUCUGUAUCUCUGCAUCGGAGUGAUUGGAGGUAAACAUCUACGCCUCUAAACCUUAUUUUCAAUAUUUCUAUUUUUGCGAGUAGGGGGGGUGUUUGCUUUGAAAUGCUUGAUUGUGACUGGCUGACACAGGAGGAUGCUUCUUGUGUUGUAACUCCCAUUCAGGAGGAUGUUUUCCCAUUAUCAGGAGUAGUCCACGAGUCCUCUGUGCCCCUGUUUGGGGGUUAAUCGGGGUCAGGGUUGCGCAGUGAUUAAACAUGUGCUCAAACCACUACGAAAAAUCCAACUGGUUCCAAGUACAGCCAUCAAAGCCAUACUCAGGCUCGAGUGGGCCUACUUUUUUUUGGAAAUUUCUGACUAAAUCAGAUGAUUUUUGAAAAUCCCCUCUUGCAUGGAUGUAUGCCAGACCACAUGACCAUGCUUCAAACUGUGAGCAAACAAACCUCUCAGACUUUAAACUUUAAGCAGGGAUGCUCCACCUACUGGGGUUUUAGCUCGGACCUCGAUUACUAUGCAAAUAAUAGAAAAUUUCAGAAUCUAUAAUUUGGGCUGAAGCCACAAUUUGUAUUUAGUCUGUGUGAAAAACCUGAAUUUGAAACGUUGCUGUAAAAAUGUAUUGUGCAGCAAGUCACAUUUAUGAUAAUCAGGUUAUUUACCCAACAAUUUAACAAUUUAAUCAUAAUUUGCUGAACUGAUCCUGUUGUUUUGUAUGAUUUUCUUUCACUUUCAGUUUAAAUUAGAUGAGCAUCAGACCAAAUCUUACAGCGAAUCACAGGCACACCUUCCGUAAUGCACCCUAACAGCAUUAGACUGAAUGUUUUAUACCCUUAAGUGACACAGAGUCGGCAAAUCUACAUAACUGAAAUAUUCAGUCCUCUUAAGAGCUAAAUGAGCCUCAUUCACUGACUGUUCUUCAGAUGAAAUUUGUCCUUGAAACACACUUACGGUUUUAAAGAUGAUUCUGAGAUACACCAGAGUUUACAUAUAUGGGAUUUAUUUUAGCUAAGAACAACAUCUAAAAGCACACUUGUAUAUGUUUGAGAGAUGAAAUGUCAGUGGAAAGUUACUGCAUUUGUGUUUCCUUUCAUUUAGCACCUUUAUACUAAGAGACUGAGACUUUAUCUUCAAAUUUUACCUUUAAAUUUGUAUUAACUGUAGGAAAAAAAGUCCCAGUAUGAUGUGGAAAACUGGUGUGUGCUUCAAACUAACAAGGACACGACAUUCAUCAAAUCAAGAACAUGAGUGGGCGAUUCAGCAGUUUCAGAGCAGGUCCAAGAAUCUGCUUUAAGCUUCUCCUAUAAACCUUGAAACUUCUAUAGCUCCCCCUGUGGACAAAGAAGUCUUCACUUAUCUUGUCCUCUAUGCCAGUGGUUCUCAACUGGUGGGUCCCGACCCAAAAGUGGGUCGCGGAUACGUUCUGGAUGGGUCAUCUGAUGUUUUACAUGUCUUUUAUUUUGGAAGAUAGCUUAUUUUGAAAGGCAUGUGUUAUGUCAUGAUACUCCUCGGUUUCUUAUUAAUGUGGCCUGAAUGCAGUAAAAAUACAUGUUUAUUUUUUGGUCUUUAUUUUGAGCAAUUUGAUAUUUAUUCACUUUUGUCCAUGCUGUUGCACAGUCCUCCUCAGGUUAUGCUCUGAAUGCAGAGAUGCACAUAAGUCAGUUUUUUUUUAUCUUGCUGGUCUCCAUUUUGUGCAAUUUGAUAUUUGAUAUUUUCUGUAUAUGCAACUUUAGUUGUCGUCCUCAGUUCAUGUGCUCUGAAAUGCACUUUACUCAAUAAAAUAGGUGUAUUUAUGUUAAAGAUUUGAGUCUUUAAAGUGGGUCGUGACUUAAGGAACAAUGGAAAAAUGUGGGUCCCAGAGUAAGACCAGUUGAGAACCACUGCUCUAUGCUCAUGUAGUGUCUUCUGACAGGAAUUUUUAAUCCUGGUGAGUUUUGACGGUUAAAUCAUAAUUUAUUGUGAAUAUUUCAUGUGAAAAUGUAAAAAAACAACUCCAGCUUCCGUGAAAGUAAGAGUGUAAUGUUUGAGAGAGAGUCAAGUUUAUGAUAUGCAGAGGAAAUAUCAACGAUACAACAACUUCUGAUUGAUCUAGAUCUGUUCUUUAUGUUGUGUUUAUACCGUGUGUCUUUAUUUCAACAGGUUUUGGCCUUGCUUUUAACCUGCAGCCUGCUCUGACAAUCAUCGGUACUUACUUCCACGUCAAAAGGCCAAUGGCGAACGGUCUGGCCAUGACAGGAAGUCCCGUCGUUCUCUCCACUCUGGCUCCUCUCAAUCAGUUUCUGUUUGAUUCUUUUGGCUGGAGAGGGAGCUUCCUCAUCCUGGGAUCUAUCGUCUUGAACUGCUGUGUGGCCGGUUCUUUGAUGCGGCCGGUAAACAAAAAUGCUUCCCCCGAGCCAAAAGCCGAGGCAUCGGAGUGUAACGGGGCCGCCGUUGAGGAAACUGCUGGUACACCGUCUGCUAACCUCCUGACAGAAGAAAAUCAAAGUGGGAGCAAGAGUCCAGGCUGCAUGGACAAAUUCAUCGAUUUCUCUCUUUUCAAACACCGGGGAUUUCUCAUUUACCUUGUUGGCAACGUGGUCAUGUUUUUUGGCUUUUUCGCGCCUGUGGUUUUCUUGGCGCCGUACGCCAAACACCUAGGGAUUGAUGAAUAUUCAGCAGCUUUCUUGCUGUCUAUUUUUGCUCUGGUGGACAUGUUUAUCAGACCUGCAACUGGCCUCAUAGGAAACACCAAGUUGAUCAGGCCAAGGAUUCAGUACUUCUUCAGCUUUGCGGUUUCCUACAAUGGCUUGUGCCACCUUUUGUGUCCACUGGCAGAUGGAUACGUGGGUCUGGUGGUCUACGCCGUCUUCCUUGGGUUGGCGUUUGGAAUGGUUUCUGCACUGCUUUUUGAGGUUUUGAUGGAUCUUGUUGGAGCUCAUCGAUUCUCCAGUGCUGUUGGACUCGUCACGAUUAUUGAGUGUGGACCGGUGCUUCUUGGACCGCCUCUUUCAGGUCUGUGAAUCUUCAAGGUGAUGAGAAUUUCAGUUUCAUACCAUAAGCACAAACAAAACACUAACUAAAUAUGUGUUUUCUUUUGUUUCAGGAGCUCUGGUUGAUAUUUUCGGGGACUACAAAUACUUGUACUACGCAUGCGGUGUGUUCAUGUUGGUGCCUGGCAUAUUCUUCUUCAUCAUGCAUUACUUCAACUACAAGAGACUGGACGAGGAGCAGAGGCAGGCUGAAGCCGUGGAUAUGAGGACUUCAUAUCAUUCAUGUGAAGAAGCGGUUGAACUCAAAACGGGCCGGGAUGAUAAAACAGUGCCUGAAACAGAGGGAUGAACUUGCUGAGGAAAUCUGUUUCAGUGGAUGUAGAAAGAUGACUCCACAGAGGCCUGAUAACAGGGCGUACAGUGUAUGGGUUAUUAUAGACGGCAAUAAUUUUCAACCUUGGACGAGGUUGUUGGACUUUUUGGACAUUUGCUACAUAUCUUCAGACCACCAUUUGGUGUUUUAUUGGUUGUUUUAUGUGCGGUAUUAUGACUACAUUAUGUGGCAAAUGUAAGCUCUUAAGGCCUUUCUUCAUGAAUCAUACACUAAUGCCCCCAAUACAAUUAUCAUAAUGGCUCUAUAAGCAUUUACGAUUCCUCUUUGUUUCUUCAGCGGCUGAAUAAAUAGUAAUUUUCCUGAGGGACUGAUAGAAAAUAAUGAGUCAAGACCCUCUCAUUGCCAUGCCUCAAUGUCUCAGUUUCAGACUUGUACCACUAGAUGGCACUAGACACUAUCAUGUGGCAGCUGCAGGUGCUGCACAUCUCUCCUGUUACACUGCAAUAUAACAAAAAAAGAUAAAAAAUCAUCAUCAGAGUUUUGGUUCAUUACAGUAAAGCUUUCAAAGUCUGGGGCGUGACCCUCCCACAGGCCGUCAGAUCCUAUGACCGGGCUGCCGAAGGCGCAGCAAUUAAAAAAUGAGAAAUACGAUGAGUGUUGUAAUGACCACACACUAUUCUCUUUCCUCAUGCUGCUCAAAAACAUACAGUUAGUCUCAAUUUGAGAACUAAAUCUUUUUUAUUCUAGAAAGUUUAGUCUGAUGUGCCAUUCCUUUAACCGGGGAGCUGCAGUCUGCACAGGUUAUUUCACCAGGAAAUCACUAGAGGACAAUUAUAAAAAUGCUGUGAAGUUAUGUACAUCUUUUUUCUUUUUUUUGCGUUUUACUUUCCCAGUACAAACUCUCUGCACAUUCAGACUGAGACCACAUUUGCAUUCAAAGGCAGAGAGUUAAAAUGUUUGACGUAGCCUUCGAAAAGCACCAUGCAUGUGACACAUCUACCACAUUUGGCAAAUAUUUAACCAAUUCAUACAGUUUCCCAUGGUCUUAAUUGUAUCUUGACUGGGACUUAUUUGUAUUCUGAGCAUUGUGAGGAACAUUAUAAAAGAAGUUCAAAGAUUCUGACUCAUCUCCCUUCAGAGAAAAUACCGACUGCAGAUAAAAUCUGUCAUUUUAUACCAGGUCGCAUUCAUCCCACCACAGGUCAAACUUUAUAUUCUGAACUUUAUAUUCUUACACACCGCAUGAUUACACCCCUUUAGUGUCUGGCCUUGAGCACCUGCAAUACAAGAUACAUGGAGGGGCAGUGCAGGAAAAGAACAAUGCCAUUAUUAGAGAAAUCUGCUUAAAGGAUCCAUUUUUAUCGUGUCCCUGCAAGGGGCUUAUUGACUUCCUUCUGUAGAUAGACCGAAAUUGCUUAAGUGAAAAAAAUCAAUAUGUUUAUUUAUAAGCUUAGAUAACAGUAUCUGAAUAUGAGAUAAAUGGUGUGAGCCUGUGGCUUAUGGGAAUGUGCUCUCUUUGUUUGGAUCCUGCUUUAAUACCAAUCAACUUAAAAUCUCCACGCCAGUGCAAUUCUGGAUUAAUGAUUGCCAAUGGGUGGUUUUCCCGUGUUAGUGUUAUCUUUUUAUAUCACUGUAAGUAGGGCUGUGCACAUAGAGACCAGUAAACGACUAAAAAUCAUCAAUCUUACUCGUCUGCACUCGAAUUAUGAGACAAUUAAAUGAAUAUCUUAUUGCUAUAGACACAAAAUACUAGCCUGGCUGGGCCAUCCAGUUGCGUGAAUCACUUGCCGUUCCUUCCUACAACAGUCUGGACUUCGGCCAAUUGGGAGACCUAAAAGCGGGCGGGAGUACUUUCCUUGAUAGGCAGACUACUGUAACCAAUCACAGUAGCCAAACAUCUGAUGUCAUCACAGUGCGCAACUGUGUUUCCUGCUGGGCUCUCAAGCAUCAAGUAAAGGUUUGGUCAUAUUUCAACAUGUGCGAGCAGACAAUGUCUUUUACUUUUACGGCGCUUUGAAAAGUCCCGCAGCAUGUGUUAGAUGUCACUAUCUACACAUGGACCAAUCAGGGGCUGCCUUUCCCUGUUGUCCGGGGAACAGUGGAAACACAGUCACCGAUUGGCCCGGUUAUUUUCUGAUUUCUAAUACACGCUCCCAAUUCACCGAAGUGCAGACUGUUGUGGGAAGGAACGGCAAGUGAUUCACGCAACUGGAUGGCCCAGCCAGGCUAACAAAAUACUGGUGAAAUAAGUCUUAGAUGUAGCGCAGCCAUGGCAACCACCACUUUUGACACUACUGCCAUAUUGCUUUAAGGCUCUACUACCUGGAUGUAAAUAAGCACAGAUGAAAGAUGGCAACUGGUCGUGCAUUGCGCAUCUUGUUUUCGCCUCCGAUUUUGCUUUUUUCCGACUUGGUAACUGAAACACUGGUAACUCAGCUGUGACAUCAUUCCGAGCUCCUACAUCUGACUUUCGAGGUAAUUUGAACGCAGCAUAAGUCCACUCAACUGGACGAAAGCAUGACCACAUGAGCCAAACUCUGCAACCAGUUUAUAAAUUUUACACCUGGAUACUGUGAUCUGAUGUUUGACUGUGCGAAAUAAACUCUCGAGUUUGAUUGUCCUCAGAGUGGUUAGAAUUUAAAUUUCCUUUUUAACCGACUAAGAGAUGUUUUGCUUUUUGACUCCACGACUCUUGAGCUAAUUGUCUGAACUGGGUUUAUUAGGCACAACAAAGUAACCCAUUAAUAAAGAGCUGUUACAAAUUUAUGCCUGAUUCAACCAAAUGUUAUGCAAAUGUAAGGAGAAAUACACACGAAACUAAAUAUGACACUUCUAGAAUAUUGUUAGAGCAUAAUUCUCUUGCAUAAUAAGUUGCAAUGGAUUUCACUGCUGCUUUGACAGCAACUAAUUAUCACUUUUGUUAUAAAGUAAUUAGCUCAGUUUUUGCAAGAUCUUAGUAAAUGCCCCAAACAGUAACCGUAAGCCAUCAUAAAAUGUAAAGUUAUCAAGUCUGAACAACAGGAAUCUAGCUGCUGUGAUUUAUGAUGAGGUGCAGGUGAGAGGUGUGAAUGAUAUCACUUUAACAUGAACAUGAUAGAAAUUAAACAAUCAAAUCUUUGUCAUGUUUGCUGGAAAGAUUGUUCCCAAAAAUAUGUCACUCAGUGGGAGCAUCUGCUGUGGAAACUGUAGAGAUAGGGCUGUUUCUUCGGGUUUUGACACCUACCCCCUCUGCCAUGAUUAAAAGCAUUAAACAGGUCAGGUACAGUACAGAAAUAGUCAGUUUUGUUGUUGAUUGUAUUGUUUGCUGUUUUGAAUCAUAAAGAGACACAACUGUUAAUAAUCAA